CGUGCGUCAAAUGACGACGCUUGCCUUCCUGCGGGGCCGAGUAGGCGCAGCAAACGGGCCGCCUCCCUCCACCACUCCUACCACACCUCGUCAACUCGCGACUGAAUCUCUCACGCAUCACCAACGUAUAUCAUUCAGUGUAACAUCCUAGCACAGUCAUCAUGGUGGACUGGAACCGAGAACUGGAAGUCACGGGCUGGCAAGCCGGAUGGCUGUCGCGCGACACGCCCGCCUUCGACAUGUACGUCGGAGUCUUCUCGGCAACCAUACUAGUCUUCACCCUGGGAUCCGUCUUUCUUAUUAGUCGACGUCAGCGUCAAGUGCUCGGACGACUCGAGUCCAAGCUCGGCAAGGAAGCGGCUACCGCACAAGCAGUGCGAUACGGCAUGAGGCAUGGAGACCGCCGCAACUGGAUCUACGCUGUGGUCCUCUUGAUGCAGGUGCCUGCCAUUGCCAGUGUCGAUGCAUACAUCGCCAUCGUCGCGGCCAAGGAAGUGGUCGAAGAUGGCUCGCAGGUCUUCGAUGUGAGCGCCAUCGUUGAGAUUGUAACCUACUGCAUCUAUACCCUUGCGGCCUUCACCGGCGCAUUUGUCCUGGCGCCUGUGUUGCAGAUCGCCGCGACGAAUUGGCUUCUCUCACGUUGGGCGCGAAAGCGAGGCAUCACCGAUCUCUCAGAGUAUCGACCCCAGGCUCGCCUGUACAGUACACAGCUCGCAAUGCUAUGGAGUUUGCUUUGCUUUGCAGUGACCAUGGUCUGGUCCCCUAUAGUACGUGGAUCUUGCACAUCGCUUAGCCGGAACAUUGCUGACUUUGAAUAUUAGGAAGGGCCGACAUUCAUCAGGUGGAUUAUCAUUGAGGCAGCUUUCGGCUCCGCUUUGGCGUGGCUGGACGUGAGCUUCGCGUUCAACUUCAGCUCCACGACUCUUCAAACCAUCAGUUUUGCCCCUGUCGUAGCUGGAGCAUUGCAUAAGUUCCUACCGUCAGAUACGACAGCUUACGCCACUUCCGACACUAAUGCGUUAUUGCCAUGCUACGAGGAGAAGGAAGUUGCCUAC